UGAGAGCCGAACGCCAUACUACGCAACAACAACAAAGCCGCUGCUCUGCCACCGUGACGCCGCCAUAGUUGCCAAAAAACCCGCCACUGAGUUACUGCUGCUCAUCAAGCGUUGUUUUGUUGAUUUAUUUGUUUAUUACGUCAAAAUAAUUGAGUCUCAAUAGAAGUUGUUUAAGUAUAAUUAUUCAAUCUGAAGCUGAGCUCUGAACCUGUAUGCAAUUUUAGACAUCAGACGGUAGUAGUUCUGUACCGUCUAAAGGCCGGAGGGGAAAAGGAUACCCACCCACCCAACCAAACAAACAAAAUCCAGCUCCGCAUAGAUGACACUCUCAAAAUGGUGGAAUCCCAAACCCUCUGAUUCUUCAACGGUGUUGUUUCUUAAAGCAAGGGAAGUUACAGUGAUCGAGAAAGCUCAUCCUUUUUCCAGAUAAAGCAAAUGCUGAAGCUCUCACGGAACCUCUUUUUAUUUCACACUCUACUCCAACCAAAUCAAAUCGAUAUCUCUGUUCUCUCUUUCUCUUUCUGUGUCUCUGUGUGUUUGUAAUCUGAUUGAUUGAUUGAUUUCACCUGAAUCUUUAUAGGGCGGUCCGGAAAUGUCCGACGGGCUGCCCAAGCUCCGGCAGCACCCGCGCCCGCCGCCGCCUCAUCGCCGCCGGUCGUGGUGUUGCUCUUUCGCGGUGCCGCCUCACAGCCCGGAUAACCUCAUUUCCGCUGCUCGCUCCGCCUCCAACAAGGCCCCGUCUGCUCAGAAGAACGCGCUGAGCUUCGUUUCCUUCCCAAACUCGCCUCCUUCUCAGAGCAGCUCCAAGACCAACGGCGUCGCCAACCGGAUCGUGCCGCGCAGGAUCCGCUCCCCGGGUCGGGUCUCGCCUAUAGAUUCUCUGGACGAAAAUCCGGCUCCCAAUCCUACCCUCCACCCGUACUCCCCCUCACCCUCCUCUCUCCAGAUUGCUAAAUCCCCUCUACGUCGCCUGGAGUGUGAGGUGUGGUGUUCAUCCUUGAGGGAGGAUGAGGAUUUGGGGAUCUUCGACGCAAGGCUGAGUCUGAAAGGGCAGAAUGGGGCCAGAUGUGUGCUGGAGCUGAAUUCGGAGGUUCUUGUUGCCAACAGCUCUGUUUUUGCAGAUUUGGUGGCGGAUUACCGGAGAAAAUCGAAGGGUUUGUGUAGGCUAGAGGUCCUCAAUGUGGAUAAUUUGGGCAUUUUUCGGGAGACGGUUGAGCUCAUGUUUGAGGAAGAUAUCCCCAAAAGACUCUUAAAGGCCGGGGUUUAUCACACCAUUGAUAUGCUGGAGGUAUCAGCAGGCCUGAAGUUUGCAAGGGGCGUUCAGUCAUGCCUAGAGUACAUUGAGGCCAUGCCAUGGAAUGAAGAAGAAGAGGGGAAACUUAGGAGCUUGUUUAGUAAACUCAAGUUUGAGGGUGAAACAGCUGGAGACAUUAUGGCCAGACUCUACGUGCAAGACUCACCGGAGUGUGAGCAAAAGCUGGCCAGGAGUCUUGUUUUGUCGGUGACCAGCUGUAGUGAUGUGAAUGCCAGAAACGAGCUGAAACCUUUAGUAAAAGAUUUAUUGUGCAAAAGCUCAGUCCAUGAGAAGGAACGUCCUCAACUGAACAGAGAAGAUAUAUUUGGUGUUUGCAGGUCUUGCCUGGGUUCCCUGGUCACUCUUCUCGAGGAGGCUACUAGCACUGGCCCAUCUCGGAAGGAUAGGCCAGUAAUUGGGAGAAUUUCAAACCAGGUGGACAACAUGAAUUGGCUGCUUGAUAUUUUGCUUGAUCAUCACAUGGCAGAGGACUUGGUCGACAUGUGGACCCACCAAGUGAGAUUGCUCCACUUGCACAAGUGUGCAUCGCCGAUGAUUAGGUACGAGCUCAGCCGGGUUUCGGCUAAGUUGUUUGUUGCGAUUGGCACCAGAAAGAUGCACUGUCGGCCGGAAGCAAGGGUGGGGCUAAUGCAGGCGUGGUUCAGACCGAUGCUGUUGGACUUUGGGUGGUUGCAAAGGUGUAAAAAGGGACUGGACAUGAAGGAGGUGGAGGAAGCCAUGGGACAAUCACUUCUGACACUUCCUUUGAAGGAGCAGUACGCGAUGUUCAUGGAAUGGUUCCAAUGUUUCUCCAAGAAUGGAACCGAAUGCCCUAACCUUAGUAAGGCAUUCCAGAUUUGGUGGAGGAGGUCGUUCCUCAAUGGCUCUGAAUCUCGCGGUGUUGAGUGUAGGUAAUCAAGAAUACACACUCUUUUUUGUUGUUGUUUGGGUAUUAGUGUUGAAAAUCAGUAACUUAGUAUGGCCCUUCUGAAUUCAUUGUUUUAGUGAGUGAACACAUUCUGAUUAUUGAGAAGGGGAGAUUCAUACUUGCUCACCCGGUCUUGAAUUGGAUUUUCGUUUUCUCAUGCUUAAGGAUUUCUCUUUUCUCAUUCACUACCUUAGUUCUAUUACUGUAUAUGUAUGUAUUUCCUAUCAAAUAACUUGGCUACCUGACU